AUGAGCUCGCUUGCAACUGCAAGAAGCAGCAACGCGCCGCUCCUCCUCCUCUUCCUCCUUCUCAUUUUUGUUUCUUUACUGCACAUCUGUGUGGGGGAUUAUCUCGAUGACGCCUCUGCUCCCGCCCCCACUCCCGCCACAGCCACCCCGUCCCCCUUCUCAUUCAGCUUUGAUUUCUCCAACGCAUCCACCUACCGCUUAGAAGACCUUAGGUUCGAGGGUGACGCAACCAUGCACGGCGACCUGGUUGACCUCACCUGCAACACUUUCGGGAAGAACCCAAAGUUUUGCACGGGACGGGUGUCCUACGGGCACCCCGUGCCGUUCUACGACAACGUCACCGGUGAGGUGGCCAGCUUCCAGGCGCGGUUCACCUUCGCGAUCCUCAUCGACGACUAUACUAUGAACUACAAGGGGGACGGCAUGACUUUCUUCCUUGGCUGUUACCCGUCCACGAUGCCGCUGAACUCGGGUGGGGGAAAUCUAGGCAUCAUGCCGGAUGGCGACGGCAAGAGCCGGACCGCCUUCGGGAACGACCGGUUCAUCGCCGUGGAGUUCGACACCUUCAACAACUCCUGGGACCCCAACACCACCUACGACCAUAUCGGCAUCGACAUCAGCUCCGUCAUGGACUCGGUGAACACGACAGUACUAGAUAGCUUCAGCCUCAAUGGCUCCAUGACGGCCACCGUCACCUUUGACAACACCACCCGGAUGCUGGUAGCCAACCUGCACUUUGAUGACCAUACUUACAUUGCCCCUGUUCAGGUCAGCACGCAAUUACCCGAUCCAGUCACCACCUUGCUCCCGCCUCAGGUUGCCAUAGGGUUCUCUGCAGCCACAGGCAAAGACAUGGAGCUGCAUCAGAUACUCUCAUGGUCAUUCAACUCCUCACUUGCUCCGCCUCACAAAGAUCAUGACAUGAAGGCUGCAGUUGUUGGAGGGUCGCUUGGAGGAGUUGUAGCAUUGGUGGUUAUGGUGUGGUGUAUCAUUGCAUGUUUCAAGUGGACAAGGAGCACAAGCCAUGAGGCACGAACUGGAGGACCCAAACGGUUCGAAUACCGCGAGCUGGCUUCUGCAACAGACAACUUCUCUAAGGAGAGGGUUAUUGGGAGAGGUGCCUUUGGAGAAGUCUACAGGGGUACAUUCUCCAAGGGAUCAUCAUCGGGUGCUCCUUCAAGAGAAUCAGGCGGUAUGUCCUCCAAGGAAUCAUGUUCAUCAUCCUCCAAGGAUUCGGGUGCGUCAUCGAACUCAAACUCGAAAGAAUCAUACAGCAGUGAGGUGGCUGUAAAGAAGAUCUUGAAUGAGACAAGGGGAGGAAAUAUGGACUUCUUCGCGGAGAUGAACACCAUUAGUGAAGCAAAGCACAAGAAUCUCGUCAAACUGAAAGGUUGGUGCUGCAAGGAUAGUAACCGAAACAUGCUCGAUUUUAUGUGCUGGUGCUGCAGGAAGAAGAAGGAUGAAGAACUCUUCCUUGUCUAUGAGCUGGUGCGUAAUGGCAAUCUGGAACACCACCUACACGAGAAUGAGCAAGUGAUACAGUGGCCAACAAGGUACCAAAUCGCUAAAGAUAUUGGCUCUGCUCUUGUUUACCUCCACCAUGACUGCUCCCCGUACAUUCUGCACAGAGACAUCAAACCAGCCAACAUUCUCCUAGACAACAACUUCAACGCCAAGCUUGCUGACUUUGGGCUGUCGAGGAUCGGCAACCAGGACAAUGCGACGCUAGUGACGACCGCUGUUGGGACGGAAGGGUACAUAGAUCCACAGUGCAGGAAAUCAGGGAAAGUCAAGUUUAACCUUAGCUCAGACGUCUAUAGCUUCGGGAUCGUCCUGCUGGACAUCACGUGCACACGGAAGUCCAGGGAGCAAGUCUGGGAUCUGUAUGUAAGGGGCAGGGUGCUGGAAGCUGCAGAUGAUAGGCUAUAUGGCUGUGGCGACUUGGACAUGAGCCAGCUGGAGCGUGUGGCUAUCCUAGGGCUCUGGUGUUCUCUUCCUGACAGUAGGAAGAGGCCUACCAGUCAGGAAGCAAUGGAGGUCCUCGAACGUGGUGUGUCGUUGCCUGACCUUAAUGACUUGUUGAACACUACUUCGGUGCCCUCCACAAUGCAACAAGAUACCUACACUACUAGUAGCUCCGGCCCACAAGCACCUCCGUCAGAUGAAAACCCUUUUGGUGAGCGGCAUGCAUGA